AUGGAAGAGUCGAAUCUCCUUGAUCCCCUAAAUGAUCAUCACAUUGCAGCACUUCAUCAUGUUUAUUUUCCCAAAAUAAAUGAGAAGUUGGAAACAUGGAGAAAUGCCUGGGCACGUCAUAGGGUACGCACGACAAGAUCAUUACCAAUGCAGAUGUGGCUAUCCGGUCAGCUACAAAACCCAGUUGGUGUGGAUAACAUCAACAUGGCUGAUAUUACCAUGUAUGGCGUUGAAGGUAAUAUCGACGAAGAUGAUGAAAAUGUUAACCAACGCCCAAUUUUCGACCCACCACAAAUGGAGUUAAGUGAAAAUUGUUUGCAAGAGAUGGCACACAGAGUCCCUAGCACAUGGACAUCCGACAACUAUGGUAUUGAUAAGUAUGAAGAAACUCUUGGAUUAAUAAUUAAUCACAUACAUAUGUAA